UGCGGGUUGCCUAGCGGGUUCCGCCCGCCGCCGCCGCUGCCGCCGCCGCCUCCGCCUCCACCUCCGCCUCCGCCUUUCCCUCGCGGACAGCCGCUGUUCUGGCCUGGGAGCCCGUCCCGCCGCGGCGGCAGGCAGCGUUUCGCGGGCGGUAGGCGCGGCCCCCAGACCCCUGCACGGCACCCACCUGCGGGCCUUCCGGGGCUGAGCCCGCCGGCGGCCGCCACGAUGGCCCUCAAGAUGGUCAAGGGCAGCAUCGACCGCAUGUUUGACAAGAACCUGCAGGACCUGGUGCGCGGCAUCCGCAACCACAAGGAGGACGAGGCAAAGUAUAUCUCUCAGUGUAUUGAUGAAAUCAAGCAAGAACUAAAGCAAGACAACAUCGCAGUAAAGGCGAAUGCGGUCUGCAAGCUGACGUAUUUACAGAUGUUGGGAUACGACAUCAGCUGGGCUGCCUUCAACAUCAUAGAAGUGAUGAGUGCCUCCAAGUUCACAUUCAAGCGCAUUGGCUACCUCGCUGCUUCCCAGUGCUUUCAUGAAGGCACUGAUGUCAUCAUGCUGACAACAAACCAGAUCCGCAAGGACCUGAGCAGCCCCAGCCAGUAUGACACUGGUGUUGCACUGACUGGCCUGUCCUGUUUUGUUACCCCAGAUCUUGCCAGGGACUUAGCCAAUGACAUCAUGACACUGAUGUCGCACACCAAGCCGUACAUCCGGAAGAAGGCUGUGCUGAUCAUGUACAAGGUGUUCCUGAAGUACCCUGAGUCCCUGCGCCCCGCCUUCCCACGCCUCAAAGAAAAGCUGGAGGACCCAGAUCCUGGAGUCCAGUCGGCAGCAGUCAACGUCAUCUGUGAGCUGGCCAGGCGCAAUCCCAAAAACUACCUUUCCCUAGCCCCACUGUUCUUCAAGCUGAUGACCUCCUCGACCAACAACUGGGUCCUCAUCAAAAUCAUCAAACUGUUCGGUGCUCUGACCCCCUUGGAGCCGAGGUUGGGCAAGAAGCUGAUCGAGCCUCUCACCAACUUGAUCCACAGCACAUCUGCCAUGUCCCUUCUCUACGAGUGUGUGAACACUGUCAUCGCAGUUCUCAUCUCCCUGUCCUCCGGCAUGCCUAACCACAGUGCCAGCAUCCAGCUUUGUGUUCAGAAGUUGAGGAUAUUAAUAGAAGACUCCGAUCAAAACUUGAAGUACCUGGGGCUGUUGGCCAUGUCUAAGAUCCUGAGAACGCACCCCAAGUCCGUGCAGGCCCACAAGGACCUCGUCCUGCAGUGUCUGGAUGACAAGGACGAGUCCAUCCGGCUGCGGGCCCUCGACCUCCUGUACGGAAUGGUGUCCAAGAAGAACUUGAUGGAGAUUGUCAAGAAGCUGAUGAUGCACGUGGACAAAGCGGAGGGCACAACCUAUCGGGAUGAGCUGCUCACCAAGAUCAUUGACAUUUGUAGCCAGUCCAACUACCAGCACAUCACCAACUUCGAGUGGUACAUCAGCAUCCUGGUGGAGCUGACCCGGCUGGAAGGCACCCGCCAUGGCCACCUCAUCGCCGCGCAGAUGUUGGACGUGGCCAUCCGUGUGAAAGCCAUCCGCAGGUUUGCCGUGUCACAGAUGUCUGCACUUCUUGACAGCUCCCACCUGGUGACCAGCAGCACCCAGCGCAACGGACUCUGUGAGGUGCUCUACGCGGCCGCCUGGAUCUGCGGGGAGUUCUCCGAGCAUCUGCAGGAGCCCCAGCAGACCCUGGAGGCCAUGCUGCGGCCCAAGGUCACCACCCUACCUGGCCACAUCCAGGCUGUGUAUGUGCAGAACGUGGUGAAGCUGUAUGCAUCCAUGCUGCAGCAGAUGGAGCGGGACUCAGACACUGAAGCAGCCCAGGAGCUCACGCGGCUCAUGGUGGAGCGGCUGCCCCAGUUUGUGCAGAGCGCAGACCUGGAGGUCCAGGAGCGGGCGUCAUGCAUCUUGCAGCUGGUCAAGCACAUCCAGAAGCUUCAGGCCAAGGACAUGCCAGUGGCGGAAGAAGUGAGUGCUCUCUUUGCUGGGGAGCUGAACCCAGUGGCUCCCAAGGCCCAGAAGAAGGUUCCAGUCCCCGAAGGCCUGGACCUGGAUGCUUGGAUCAAUGAGCCACCUUCAGAUAGUGAGUCCGACGAAGAGAUGCCCAAGGCCAUCUUCCACGAUGAGGAGCCACGGCAUGCCAAGCAGCAGCCGCUUGAGGCCGAGGAGGAGGAGCUGGCCCGGCGUCGAGAAGCCCGGAAGCAGGAGCAGGCCAACAACCCAUUCUACAUCAAAAGUUCCCCAUCCCCCCAAAAGCGGUACCAGGACGCACCAGGCGUGGAGCACAUACCUGUGGUGCAGAUUGACCUCUCGGUGCCCCUGAAAGUACCAGGGCUGCCUACGUCCGAGCAGUAUGUGAAGCUGGAGGAGGAGCGGCGGCACCGGCAGAGGCUGGAGAAGGAGCGGCGGAGGAAAAGGCGGAAGGAGAAAAAGGGCAAGACGCGGUGCCACAGCUCACUGCAUACGGAGAGCGACGAGGACAUUGCCCCCGCGCAGCAGGUGGACAUCGUCACCGAGGAGAUGCCCGAGAAUGCUCUGCCCAGUGACGAAGAUGACAAAGACCCCAAUGACCCCUACAGGGCCCUGGACAUCGACUUGGAUAAGCCCUUAGCCGACAGCGAGAAGUUGCCCAUCCAGAAACACAGAAAUGCUGAGCCCUCCAAGUCCCCUGAGAACGAGGACAUGCCUGCCUUGGAAAAGAAGAGCAAGAAACCCAGAAAGAAGGAGAAGAAGCACAGAGAGAAAGACCGUGAGAAAAAGAAGGAGCAGAAGAGUAAGGACUUAGAUUUUUGGCUAUCCACCACGCCACCGCCUGCCACUGACCCCAACCCAUCCAUGGAAGAGCCAGAGGCAAAUGCUGUUGUCACUGCCCCUGAGGAAGGGCAUGAGGAACCCAAGAGAUUGCAGCAGGAGGACGAGGAGGUGCAGCAGCAGCAGCAGCAGGACCCUGAGAAGAAACCUUCCAAGCAUAAGAAGAAGAAGCACAAGAAGGAGAAGGAGGAGAGACCCAAAGAAAAGAAGAAAUCCAAGAAGGAGCUACCUGCAUGUGACGGGGCAGCGGGGCCCGUGGAGAACGGUGCGCUUGAGGAGGAGCCUCUCCCGCCCAUGUCCAGCUACUGCCUCCUGGCUGAGAACUCUUACGUUAAAAUGACGUACGACAUCCAGGGCAGCCUGCAGAAGCACAGCCAGGUCACAGUGUCCAUCGUCCUGGAGAACCAGGGCAGCAGCAUCCUGAAAAACAUGGAGCUGAACGUGUUGGACUCACUCAACACGAAGCUGGCCCGGCCGGAGGGCUCUUCCGUCCACGAUGGCGUCCCCGUGCCUUUCCAGCUGCCCCCAGGCAUCUCCAACGAAGCCCAGUUUGUGUUCACCAUUCAGAGCAUCAUCAUGGCCCAGAAGCUCAAAGGGACCCUAUCCUUCAUCGCCAAGAACGAGGAAGGGUCCACCCAUGAGAAGCUGGACUUCAAGUUGCACUUCAGUUGCACCUCAUACUUGAUCACAACGCCAUGCUACAGCGAUGCCUUUGCCAAGCUGCUGGAGUCUGGGGACCUGAGCAUGAGUUCAAUCAAAGUUGAUGGCAUUAGUAUGUCCUUCCAGAACCUUCUGGCAAAGAUCUGUUUUCAUCACCAUUUUUCUGUUGUGGAGCGAGUGGACGCCUGCGCCUCCCUGUAUAGCCGCUCCAUCCAGGGCCACCACGUCUGCCUCCUGGUGAAGAAGGGUGAGAAGUCCAUGUCGGUCGACGGCAAGUGCAGUGACUCCACGCUGCUCAGCAACCUGCUGGAGGAGGUGAAGGCGACGCUGGCCAAGUGCUAAUUGUCGUCGGCGAGACCGCGAUGGAGAAAUAUGUUCCAAGUGCUAGGUUUCUCCUGUCGCAUGUACUUAUUCAGCCCCACGUUAAUCUAAGGCUGCCAUAUCACCGAUUAGACAUUGAGGUCAUGUGUUCAUUGAUUUCUGCUGUCAUCUCUUUUACUUUGACUCUUCCCACUGUCUUUGGGGAGAAAUCCCUUUUUAGUCCCCAAACCAGCAGUGGCUCCUAUAGCUGGGGCUGACUGCAUGCCAGCCACAGGGGCUGCCCAAGGAGCCAGCGUGACCACUGGCCAGGCCAGGACCUGGUGGGCUCUGAGUGCGGGGCAGUCAGCGGAUGGGUGGGUGGGAGGGGUAGCAUCCUGUUUUUGUGAAGUCAUUCAGUUUCACAAGUCCCCAAGUACCCUGCCCGGUGGCACCUGGGGAGUGAAGAAUGGGCCGACUGCUCACCACAGUGACAUUGAUAUUGCCCUUCACUCCUCACAGUUGCGGGUCAGGUCCUCUCUCCCCAGUACACAUGGUGGGAAAAGGGUCAUGCAGGCUGCUAUCCAUUGCAUUCUGUGUCCCACUGCCUUGUUCAUGUGCCAGGAGGAAAAUGGUGGCAGACACCAAAGGUGGGGAUCCAGCUGGGUUCCCUGACAGAACAGGGACUUGACCUUGUUUUCAUUGUUUCCUGUUCAGUAGAAUAUGUCUUUGUUGGCCUUGUUAGGGGCAACUAGUAGAGUGCUACGAUUCCAGGUUCCCUACUCUUGUCACUGAAUGCUCCACAGAGUUUGUCCCACAUUGUGCCCACAGCUGCCAGGAGGGCCUAGUCCUCGGCCCCAUGGCCCCGGUGGUGAAGCACGUGUGUGCUAGGGAGGCUGGGCCCCUUUUAAUGCACCUCACAGGCAGGGCAAGGGGACCCUGGCCCACCCCAGUGAGAUGCAACUUUCCUCAGAUAUGAUGGUCCUUGAUGACGUUUUAAUUUUCCUUUUGAUGAAAACUGUCACUUUAGCAUGUAAUCUAUUGCAGAAUCCUGUGCAGUGAUUCUAGAAUCUCAAAAUUGUAUGAUGUGGUAUAUAAGAAUUUAUUUGAAGUCAACAUUCCCAUGUAAAGGAGAGAGAGACAUUACCACGCUGCUGUCAUGAUUUUGUGUCAAGAUGAUCAAUAAACUUGCAAAGCAUACAUUUAC